CCCACUCCUCCCCUCCUCAUCCUAUCCACCACACACACCACACUCGCCGCCAUGGAGGAUAGAAUACAGUUCGACAUCAACGAGUCGCUCAAGUAUUACUUGAGCGAUCCAGCUUCCAUUCCGACCCCAGAGGCUGAUCCGGAGCUGCUGGACUGCGAGUCCGACCCGAAUCAGCUGUCGACAGCGCUUGUCGACAAUGUCUUGAACCCGAUCGUCGAUGCGGUGGCGGAAAAUCCAGAAGGAUUGACGAGAGCAUCAUUCUUUGAAUCGCUGCAAUUCCUACUCAAAUAUACUACUUUUCUCCCCUCGAAAUCCCUGAGCAAAGUCCUUGACUUGAUCGUCUCCGGGCUAUCAGUCGAAGCCGAUAUUAUCCAUAGCGACCUGGAAUCUGACGAACAAGAUGCGAUUCAACACCACAAACAACUCUUGGAGAUGUACGGUUUUCUUCUGCAGUGGGCUUUGUCUGCCGUGGAGGUGAAAGCGGCAGAGAAGCCUGCAGAGUCUGCUCCUGCCCGUCGGGGCGGUCCCAAGUCUAGGUCAAAGUCUACGAAGGAUGGACAGUGGGACUGGACACCCCAGAUCCAGAUCUCUAUGGAGACUAUGUGCAAGGUGAUGAAACUCAAGCUUGGCCGUAUCUUUAUGACUACCUCGGACCGCGACACAUUCAUUAAUCUGUUCACGCGCACCAUCUACUUGAUUCUUGAGAGCGAGCAACGAGUCAAGAGCAUGGCUAUUCGCAUGCAUGCCUUCAAGGUCCUCUGUAUUGCGGUUAAGCACCAUGGUCAUGCUUUCGGUGCGCAAACUUCGAUUGUGCAGAGCUUGACAUACUUUGAGCAUCUGUCAGAGCCUAUGGCCGAGUUCCUUCACAUUCUCUCGGAGCAGUAUGAUUACCCGCAGCUCUCGGAUGAGAUUUUGAAGGAGCUCGGAAACAAGGAGUUCAAUUCAAAUGAUACCCGUGGACCGAAAUCUGUUUCUGCUUUUAUCAUCAAGUUGUCUGAGCUUGCGCCGAGAUUGAUCAUUAAGCAAAUGACUCUUCUGGCCAAACAACUUGAUAGCGAGGCCUACACCCUUCGAUGCGCCGUCAUUGAAGUCUGCGGCAACCUCAUCUCCGACUUGAGCCGACAAGAAGAGCCGAGCGAAAAUUCCAAGACGCAAAUCAAUGCAUUCUUCGAUGUAUUGGAAGAGCGCUUCCUGGACAUCAACCCAUAUUGCCGUUGCCGAGCAAUCCAAGUUCUGAUGCGGAUCUGCGACUUGGAACAAAAGUUCCCCAAGAGGCGACAGGCUGCUGCGCAAUUGGCUGCGAGAAGUCUUGAAGACAAGAGCAGCAACGUUCGGCGAAAUGCAAUCAAGCUGCUGUCUAAGCUAGUCGCCACCCACCCAUUCAGUGUUAUGCACGGUGGUCAGCUCUCUCACAAGGAGUGGGCUGAGAGACUAGAUGGUGUGGACCAGGAGCUGAACUCACUACGACCUGCAGAGACUCCUGGAUUUGACGGAGAUGCCGAAAACGUCGACCCUGAAUUACUGGAUGAUGCGACUCAAUUGCCCGACGAAUCUCCUUCGAAGGCGCCCCGAAUGACGGAGGAGGAAAAGGCAAAGGCCAUGCAAAAGGCAGCUGAGGAAGCCGCCACCUCUGAAUUGUUGACCCGGCUGCAGCUUACGAGAAAGUACUACAAUGAGGCCAUCCGUUUCAUUGAGGUUCUCCAUUCGGCAUCUGCGAUUGUUAUCCAGCUCCUGUCAUCUCGCAACAAGAGCGAGGUCAUCGAGGCCAUGGACUUCUUCGUGAUGCUUGAUGCCUACAAGGUAGAGACGGCUCGCAGUGGUAUCCGGCGCAUGCUUCGUCUGAUCUGGACUAAGGGCAAUAGCGAUGAAGGCAAGGGUGUCCAGACUCACUUGAUUGAUUGUUACAAGGGUCUCUUCUUCGACGCACCUGACUCUUUCAGCUCGAAUGAUGCGGCAAACUACGUUGCACGGAAUAUGAUCAGUUUGACGUUUGGAGCAACACCGGCCGAACUCACCUGUCUCGAGCAGCUACUCAGCACAAUGAUGAAGGCUGGUCACAUUCCAGAGGCAGUGAUUACGAAGUUGUGGCAGGUCUACAGCGUUCAGAGGAAGGAGAUCUCGAAGACUCAGCGUCGUGGUUCUAUCAUUGUACUCGGGAUGAUAGCGCUGGCUGAUCCCGAUGUGGUCGUGAAGGAAAUUGAGGCGAUGCUGCGCAUUGGUCUGGGCGGUCUAGGACGAUCUGACCUUGUGCUCGCAAAAUACACUUGUAUUGCACUGCGACGCAUGGUCCCCGGCCGCCAGGCCAAGUCCAAGGAUGUCGUCACCGUUCCUAAAUUGGCCAAUGAUCACUCCGUUCUGAUCAAGCUCGCUGCUAUCUUGGAGAUCGUCUCUGGGAGCAAGGAAUGGUACGGCGUGGCUGAGCAGGCAAUCAGUGCCAUUUACGCUCUCUCCAAGCAUCCCGACGUUCUCUGCUCGGACAUCCUUCGACGCAAGACACGAUUUGUUUUCCAACCGCAGCAUGAGCGCCCAUCUUCUUCUCACACCACCGCUAGCGGCGAGGAUCAAAGGCCGGGAACCGCUUCUACCGAGGAGCAGAAUGCAAAGCCCAAACCCUCCUCGGCUGCUCUCUCGCAACUCUUGUACGUUGUUGGUCACAUUGCCAUCAAACAAAUCGUGCACCUUGAGUUGUGCGAGUUGGACUUUAAGCGACGCAAGGCUGAGCAGGAGAAAGCCAAGACGGCAGAGGCUACUGCUUCAAAGGAGGGCGAAGCUGCGGAUGCCGAUGAGCUAGAUCUUAUCGGAGGAACUACGGAGGAUGAUUUCCAAGACGCCAUGGCCCACAUCCGAGAGCGUGAGCUUCUGUAUGGAGAAAACUCACUACUUGCCAAGUUCGGCCCAUUGGUAGCCGAGAUCUGUGCCAACAACAAUUCCUAUCCAGAUCGUGACCUCCAGGCGUCCGCGACUUUGUGUAUGGCGAAGCUCAUGUGCGUGUCUGCCGAGUAUUGUGAGAAGAAUCUUCCCCUUCUGAUCACAAUCAUGGAGCGCUCUGAAGACCCGAUCGUGCGCAGCAAUGCCGUGAUCGCGCUCGGUGAUAUGGCUGUCUGCUUCAAUCAUCUCAUUGACGAGAACACUGACUUCCUGUACCGACGUCUCAAUGAUGACGAAGCCUCCGUCAAGCGGACCUGUCUUAUGACCCUAACUUUCCUCAUCCUUGCGGGUCAGGUCAAGGUCAAGGGUCAGCUUGGAGAGAUGGCCAAGUGCUUGGAGGACGACGACAAGAAGAUUGCCGAUUUGGCUCGUAUGUUCUUCACGGAGUUGGCCACCAAGGACAAUGCUGUUUACAACCACUUUGUUGACAUGUUCAGUCUGCUCAGCGCGGAGCGAAACUUGGAGGAGGCUUCCCUGCGUCGCAUUGUCAAGUUCCUCAUCGGCUUUGUUGAAAAGGAAAAACAUGCACGUCAGCUCUCCGACAAGCUGGCUGCUCGUCUGCCACGUUGCGAGACCGAGCGCCAGUGGAAUGACGUUGCCUACGCGCUGUCCUUGCUCCCGCAUAAGAACGAGGAAAUCACCAAGGUUGUCACCGCUGGGUUCAACAAGGUGGCCAGCGGGUCGACCUCGGCCCCUGCCAGCGCCCCAGCAGCCACACCCGCCAGCACGGCGCCGGUCAGCGCAUCAGCGUAGUCGUCUUGCUCUUCCGGUCGAGGCUGAUGAUGUCUUAAUGUUUUCUAUGACUGUAAUUUUUUCCCCGCUUAUAUUUUCACGUCUGGGUGCUUGGCUGAGGGGUGUUGGUGGUUUGGUUGGAGCAUUAUCGUCAUUCGUGGAGUUUAAAUCGUACCCGAACCUUGAUCUUCGUCCGAUAAUUCUAUUGCAUAUAGUAAAGUACAGCGUACCUAUUUGGAUGUUCAUUAUAUUCGCUCGUGGGGACAUUCAGCAAUCACAAUAUAUGUCUCACAUAUUUCGUGAGCUACCACCCAUUUCAACCUUCCACCAGAAUAUACCAACCCUACGCAAGACACUACGACAAUGCCAUCACUACCAAACCACUAAAGCAUGAUGAGAGGUCUAUAUUCAUUCUGAUCGCAUGGGGAGCCGUGUCUGGAACUCCCACGAACAAAAUCAUCAUUCGCUUGCACAGAAAUUAUCCACAAGAAUUGGGUGUUCGGGAGAAUGUGAAAAAAACGAGACGUACAUCUCCCCAAUAUGAAAUCUAAGUAUGAGGGUGGAGAGAAAGAUAGAGAAACAUCAAAAGCCAGAACCCAGCAACGACGAACAGAUGGAUGGAGGAAAGGAAGCAAUAGAUGGAAGACGCCGUGUUGAAUGGUCGCAUGCCAGAUACGCCAUAAUAAGGGGGUUAUUUGUUGGAAUCCGAAAGAGCCGACACAAUUAGUUUAUGGGGGUUCCCUUCUAUGCGCCCUUCUCUGUACUUUCCUCCAGCACGUACUGCCCGCUUCGGAUACCUUCCAGAGCUUUCUGGCCUUCCUCAGUUAGCUCGGGCUUGCCUAGAGGCGUCACGGCGCCGGUGAAGAAGCGAGGCUUCCAUUCCUCCUGUUUCUCUUUGCGCUCGGCGGCUUUCUGACGCUGGCGUUCUUCGAUCUCCUGCUUGAUCCGCGUGGCUUCCGUGAAUUGCUUGUCCAAGAUGGCGUCCGUGACGUGUCCCCAGAACUUGAGAGACUCGUUUGACAACUGCUGCUCGGCAGGAGGGAGAAUCUUUUCCACCGGGUGCAGAGGCGUGAUGUCGAUGAGCAGACGAGGCUCCUUGGACCCCGUGGGAGUGUAGUAGAUCUUGCCAUGCCAGGACCCGCUGAUUCGGGCAAGAACGUCGCUCUCGGCUACAUCUUUCAGCCUUGUGAUGGUAUCGUUGUCGGGGUCGUAGCGGAAAAUUACGCCUUCGAGCUUAUGUUGAGACCGGCCGAUCCAUCCUUCCUCCACGUACUGCAAGAUCGCCUUGAUCCGUGUCUUGCGGCAUAUCAUGAAGCAGGCAUCCGAGACGGUUAUGGCCAGAGCACCGCGCAGCAGUCCUCCGAGGUGAGCAUGAGGGUGGGUCAACUGAUACUCCUCGUUGUCCCGCUUCUCGAUGUUGACAAAGAUACCCAGGUUGUGCUGACCGGGGCUGACACGAAUGCUUGUGCCGGUGAAUUUGGCGCUGAUCUGGUCGAAGCCGCGCGCAGACACUCCGCGCUCGGGGCAGUCAAUGUAAAAGGCUGAGACUGGCGGGUGGUGGGAAGUCUGCUCGGUUAGAUAGCAGACCUUGACUUUCUCGUCGCCAUCGUGGACGGUAGUGCCGUUCGUGGCGGCAUCGACUCCGGGGAGAUUGGCCUCUUCCGGGACGAAGUCUUGCACCUCCCAGCUGCACUGUCAACGUGGAGGAAAUAUGAUCAGUCCAAUGUCGUGAAGAUGGUCUGUCAACAAACAUACCCGGAAGAACUCGCCCAAAGUCGAAUUAUAAGGCUUGCAUGGUUUUCCCUUGAUGUAUUUCUGUCGGAAGGUCAGCACGUCUUUCCAUUCCAUGGCAUCUGCAAGUCAAAAUAUACCAAGUCCUUGGUGAACCAGAACCUCAACACCUCCAGCAUCCGUCCCAAUUCAUCGUCGGAUUUUCCAAUGCUGUUAAGUCUGGGUCAGCACAUGGCGGGUGUCGUAAGUGGGCCGUGGGCUUGAAGUUGCUGACCUAGCAAAGGUCUCCGGUCGAUCCAAGUAGUUCCAGUAUUCUAUCCAGUCACUUGUAUUAGCCGUUGGUUUCUUUGUCUGGACACCCCCUGGCCCGAGCGAAAUUCUCGGUCACAGUGCACAUACCCAGAUUCGGGCGAGGUUCCAAAAGUUGAGCCGGCAACGAGAAGCGAACCGAUGCGAUAUCCGUCACACCCACGAACCUAGUAGUUCGGAGACCGAUUGUUAGUAUUUCCGAGUACGUUGUUUUCGCGUUCUCAGAUAUGUUAUUUUGGGCGCAUCAGCGAGACAUACUUUCGUAAGAUCGAGAGGAACGUCUUCAGCUUGGAGGAGUCAUCGGGAGUUUUCUCAGGCACAGCGGUGGCUGACAUUGUCUCGAGUGGCGCGGGGGAGAAACCGGGAAGCUUUGAACUCCGAGGGGAAUAUGUAGAGUGGCAAGCAGAUGUCGAGAGUAGGAAGGCGGUACUGGAGUAGGAGGUUGGCGCUGUGAAAAGAAGAAAUGCCACGGGGUCCCAAAGUAGACCACCCAACGAAAUCCAAAAACAAAAAAAUGAAACGAAGCAGAAGAAGAGAAAGUGAGAGGGGCGAGGUUGAAUAGGCCAAGAGUUUCUGUUGGUCUUUCGUUGGAGAAACGGGGGGGAACAAGCAGGCGGUGACGUGGGAACUUCUUUUUGCCGAGUGGGGAAUCGUUUGGGUCCCGACGACUUGGCGGGUACUUUAAUGUUUCUUUAGUCCGUUGCUUUAUUUGAGAGCAUCUCGUUGGUUGAAAUUGACGAAAGAUAGCGGAGACGAGUGGAAUGGGUGGGAAGGGGGGAAAAUCAAUCGGUGAGGGAGUCUUGUCUCACAUUACUGUGAUAUGGAUUGGAAGAAUUAGGGAAACUUCAAUAGGAAACCAAAGUACCUCGCAGGUACCGAGUACUUUCAAGCCAGCCUCGAAAGGUCCCGAUACUUUGAAGGUCGUGCAUUCUUUUCGGGUCUAUAAAACCAGCCCCAAAAAACCGGCUCCCGGCCAAUCGCUGCCCCACGAGGGUCUCGACCACCCUCGCUAUUGAAUCAACUCCGCCAGCACCUGCUUGCGCGCCAGGAAUCGUAACCACGUUCGGACGGCAGGCCCGUAGUCAUACCGCCGCCCGGUCGCAUAGUCGUCGUCUGCACGUUGCGACUGUUGCUCUUCCCGGACUCGGGACCGGAGCUCCUCCUGCGCCUGGCUAAGCCUUUGCCAAUGCUCUUGCAGCUGACUUGGAGAACAGCUUUGGUAUUCCUGCAAAGUCGCCUCCGGUAUCACGGCCGCAUCGAUCACCGCGCGGGUCAACGCAAGGGAUAGCUCCGGGCCGAUCGCCGUUCCCUCGAAGCCGGCCAUGGUGGUGGCUGCCGCGGUGGUGUCACCGUCCGAUUUGAGGCGCUCGUGGACCAUCUCCAAGCUUUUUACAUUAACGGCGAGCUGCUCAAUGAGGUCCGAUAGGGGAUCUUUAACGAGUCCCAGGAUAGAAAACUCGAUCUGAUCUUCCUCCACCGGCUCAGUUUAGUAUCAUACAAUUAUGUGUCCUCACCGAUUAAUUGAGGCUGUCGCUCCAGACCGUCAAACUUCCAAACCUGGCCCAUGACCGGCAUGAACGCAAUGAAAUGGAACGACGAGUCGGAAUCGUCGUCACCCUGACUCUGGGAGGACUUUUUCCGUGUUUUUGAUUCCACCUGGAGUUGGAGAUCAGAGUUGAGAAUGUCCAUCUUGCUACAGAAUCAAAGAAAAGGAAACGAGUCAGCAAGAAACGCAGAUCACGCGGGGAUCGAUGAGGAAGACGGGCAUACCGGGCGAAAGAGUUGUGUACCCGCUUCACGAACUCGAAAUUAUUGAUGGCAUCUCCCCGCAAAGCCGGUGUAAAUGGCAUCGUGAACUCUUUAAAGUGACGGAGAUUCUCUCCGAGGUCAAUGCCAGGGAUAUUGUUCACAAUGUUUAGUAAAGCCACACUAGCACAGGCAUUGCUGGCAGUCUGAGUCCGGAUUAGUAGCGGCUCAAGGCAGAGAUACUGGAGACGUACCUGGUUUGCAAACCAUAUUCCAUCUGGGCAGGUCGCUUCCUGGUUGUUGGCAUCAUCCUCCCGCCAGCGGAAGAGAAAGAUCAAGCCGUAGAUAGGUUUGCUGUGCCAGUAUUCGUUAGUCCUUGGAUCGAGGGAACGGGG